UGUGGUGUGGAAAACAUUUUAUAUAAGGUUAUUUGCGCGCUGCUCGCGUUUAAACGUGGUGAAUGUUUGUGUACACCUUGCGCAUGUUAAACAGUUAAAUCUCUUUUUAAAAGAAUGAACCUAUCAGAAAAGCUUGAAGAACUCUCAUUAAACAGUAACAAUAACAGUCAAAGUAAACGCGAAGACUAUAUAGAAUGGAAAGAAUAUUUCAUGGCCAUGGCAUUUCUAGCAGCGAAAAGAAGCAAAGAUCCUAGUUUUCAAGUCGGUGCCUGUAUCGUUAACGAAGAAAACAGGAUAGUUGGCGUUGGAUACAAUGGCAUGCCAACUGGAUGUAGCGAUGAUGAAUUUCCAUGGGGAAAAAAUACACCAUCGCCCUUAGAUAGUAAAUACCUUUAUGUGUGUCAUGCAGAAAUGAAUGCAAUAAUAAACAGCAAUUCAACUGACGUCAAAAAUUGUACAAUCUAUGUCACCCUUUUCCCUUGCAACGAAUGUGCCAAACUCAUAAUACAGUCUGGUAUCAAAGAAGUUGUAUAUCUAUCAGACAGACAUGCUCAUAAAGAUAUAUACAUUGCUUCUAGAAGAAUGCUAGACGCGGUUGGAAUACAGUAUUGGCAAUACGUACCAAAACGUGACAAGAUUGAAAUAAAUUUCAGAGAGAUCUCCAGUGAAAACAACUCACCAUCAAAAUAAUUUUUUACAUUAUAAUCAAUUACAUACAUAAUAUUAUGUAUAGUAGUAUAAUUUUUUAAAGAAAUUGUGAUAUAAUAAUCUAUUUGAUGUUGUAUUUUAAUAUGAUGACUCCCAUUUUAUACAGAUGUGUAUGAAAUAAAAGAGAUAUGUAAAUAAAUUUGUAAAAUAAAA